AUACCACAGUAUCAUAUUUGCGGGCCCGAUGCAUGAUAUUACAAGCCUGGGCCCAUUCCAGCUGCUCAUGGGCGCCAAGAAGCCCCAGCUUGAGGCUCAACGGGAGACCCCUAGACACUAGUAGGUCACGUGGCAUAGCUAUCGUUCACAAAUUUUCCCACCAUCUUGAACAAACACUUGCUGAUAGGCUUCAUCGUACUACCUUCCCGCUACCACUGCCGCCACAAUCACCACCGCGACGCCGUGUGGGAAACGGACGAUGGCCCCCAAACAUCCGAAAGCAAGAGUGGAAAUUGCGGGAAAGCUCUCCGCCGAUCGCAAAGAACGCUCCAGAAAACUCGCUCUCCUGAAAAAGAAGCGGACGGAACUAGUCAAGCAAACAUCCAAACUGCAACACGAACAAACAACAGACGAAAUUGAGGGCCUGGAAAAGGAGAUUGUUGCGUCGCCGAGGGGGUACAAUCACGUUGUGAAGUUAUUGGAGCAUUUGAAGAGCCCGGAGAAAACCACUAUCAGCGCCGCCGCGACGUCGCUAUGUCGGGCUUUUAUCAAACUCAUGGUGAAGGGGGAAUUGAGUAAGAAGAAGGGAGCUACCGAUGCUGAGGUCCAGAUCUUGGAGUGGUUGAGGGGGCAGUAUGGGAUAUUUAUUGGGGAUCUUUGCGGGUUGUUGGAUUAUAAAGAUGGGGGUAUACAGGAAGAGGUUCUCUGGCUGCUCAUGAGAUUGGUGAAGGCGGAAUCUGAGCACUUGACACCCCCUGAGGAAGAAGCGUACUUCCCGCACAAGCUGUUUCGGAGGAUCGUGGAGGCUUUGGUGUAUGCUGAGAAUCUGGAGGACUAUCUCCGGAUCCAGUUUACGGAAAAGUACUUGGAUGUGUAUGAUGAUAUUCGGUAUUCAUUUUUUUCGGCCGUUAAAACACUGACUCAAAUUGCCCUCAAAACCCCUUCCACCCUUCCACAGUUCACAAAAACGACGAUAACCCUAAUCCUCUCCCUACACAAUCUCCCAACCUCUACCACCCCGCCCUUUACCUCUUUCUUCGCCUUAAUCCCCCCCUCCUCCACAUCCCCCACAAAUCCCCGAGCAAUCUUAGCCCUAACCCCCCACCGCAAACUUCUCCAAACAGUCCUCCUCCACCUCCUCCGUCUCCCGACAAUAACUCCCUACACUCCUUCUAUCCUCCAAAAUAUAACAACCCUAGCCCCCACCUUCCCGAAUCCAGAAACUCUCAUGGAUUUUCUCACAGAUACCUACGCCACUGGUGGUCCCACCGCCCUCCUAGCUUUGUCAGGCCUCUUCUACCUGAUAAAGACCAAAAACCUAGACUACCAAAACUUCUACCAAAACUUGUACGCGCUACUUGACCGGAAUCUACUACACCUAAAGUACCGAUCUCGCUUCUUCCGACUACUCGAAGAGUUCCUGGGCAGUAAGUAUUUACCCGCAGCCCUAAUAGCCAGCUUCCUCAAACGUCUGGCAAGAUUAGCACUUAGCGCACCGCCAGCAGCGGUGGUGGUGAUCAUCCCGUUCGUGUAUAAUCUUUUAAAGGCGCAUCCGGCGUGCUGGUUCAUGUUGCAUCGGGAAGGCACCACGGAGGAGCUGGAUAGGUGGAGGAAGGAUGGUGUUGUAGAUCCUUUCGAUCCGGAGGAAGAGGAUCCGCUGGAGACUGGCGCCAUUGAUAGUUGUCUCUGGGAGUUGGAGACGCUCAGGGGGCACUGGCAGCCGAACGUCGCCACCCUAGCUAGGAUUUUAGGAGAGCAGUUUACCAAGGCUAGUUACGGGCUUGAGGACUUUUUGGACCAUUCAUAUGGGAGUAUGUUUGCGGCGGAAAUGAAGAAGAAUGUGAAUUCUGAGAGACCGCCAGUUGUAGAGUUUGAGGUUCCCAAGAGGAUCUUCUUCGAGGUUGAGAGGGAAGGAGGGAAUGAGGAUUUAUCUGAGGCUGCGGCGAACCCUUUACUUUCGCUCUGGGAGUUUUAG